AUGAUUAUUGAUGAACUUGAUGCUAAACUUGAUUUAACAUCACAAACAUUAAUAUCAAUAUUAAUAAAUAAAGUUUCUACAUAUCAUGAUAUAUUUGGUAUAAAUUCUUCUAUUGCAAAAGUUUUUUAUGAACAUAUAAAAAAACAAGAUGAAGCACGAAAAUUCUUAAAUGUUGAAAUACCAAUAACAGCUAUUCAAAUUGGACAAACAUUUGAUGGUAAAGAAUUAACUGAACAUAUUAUUACACGUGCACGUGCACAAUUUGUUGAUGAAAGAUUAAUGAAAUCUAUGGAUGUUAUGUUAGCUGGAAUAAAUACAAAUGAUAAACAAAUUAAAUUACAUUUAAUACGUUCAUUAACAACAAGUUCAUUUAAUUGUCUUAUUUCAUUAGUUAUUUGUACACAAAUAGAAGCUAAACUUUAUAAAGCUUUUAUUUUUGAUGCUAAUCCAGCUAAGGAUGAAUAUAUUUUUGAAAAUAUAAUUGAUCCAGAUUAUAAAUAUAAAUUUCCUCUUGAACUUGAACGUUAUUAUGCAAAAGAUAAACGUAAAUUAUUAAAUAUAUUAUGUAAAAAAAUUUUAACAACAUCUGAAUCAGAUAAUUCAUUACAUCAACAACAACGUCUAUCAAGUACACCACAUUAUUUAUCUUCACAAUAUUUAUUUGGUAGUAGUUUAACAGAUGAAUUAGCUGUUUUUGAUUUUACAUCAGCUGCUGUUAAUCAACAACAAAAUGAUUUAAAUAAAAGUUUAACAAAUUCUUUAUCAGAUAAUUCAUCAACUAAUUUAAUUAAUCAAAAAAAACUUGAUGAUAAUGAUAGACCAGCAUUAAUCGAAGGUUCAGAUGAUGAAAUUGGUUCUGAAUUUAUUGAUAUGGAAAUGGAUUAA